AUGGCUGCGGUCAGAAAGCCCCCGGUGCUGCUCGGACUUCGGGACGCGGCAGUGCGGGACGGCCUCACGGGGCCGAGCGCCUGGACGGCGAGCAAGCUGGGCGGCGUUGCGGACGCCCUGCCCGCCGUGGCGGCGCCGAGGCCCGCGUGCGCGCGCUGCGGGCGGCCGCUCGCGCUGGUCGUGCAGCUGUACUGCCCGCUCGAGGGCUCCCCGUUCCACCGGCUCCUGCACGUGUUCGCGUGUGCCCAGCCGACGUGCGCGGACGGCGGCUGGAAGGUGCUGCGCUCCCAGUGUCUGCAAGUGCGAGAGAAGGAGGCGGCAGAAGCUCAGAAACAGGAAAGUGGCCUUGCAGCUGAGAGCUGGUGUGAAGGUGCAGAUGACUGGGGGGGUGACGGUGAGGAGACGCCUGCACCCCAGCUUCCUCUGGACUUUGGAAAGGAUUCCUAUUGUGCCAAGGACGCCGACUGCACAGUGCAGCUCCAGGGCCUCUGCCUGAAGGACACUGGCGUGGAUGCGGCCUGUCCUGCAUCUCAGCACAGAGGAAUGGCUGUCCCCACUGGAGUGCCACAGUUCCAGCCCUUCUACAUCUGUGUGGUCGACGAGGAGGACUUCAGAGACUUGGUCAGUCUCGAUCAUGCCUACAACCUCCUGAGGGACUACGAGCAGCGAGAAGGAAUUCAUAUGGACCAAUUGCUUUCCCAAAGUUUUUCUGAUGCUGGUGAUGAAAAAUAUGAGAAGACCAAAAUUAAAAGUGGCGAUCAAAUGUUUUACAAAUUCAUGAAGAGAAUUGCUGCUUGUCAGGACCAGAUUUUGAGGUAUUCCUGGAGUGGAGAGCCACUUUUUCUGUCCUGUCCCACGUCAGGAAUCACGGAGGUCCCAGCCUGUGGCCACUGUGGAGGCCCCAGAACAUUUGAGUGUCAGCUUAUGCCAGCACUGGUCACCAUGCUCAACAGUGCUCAUUUAGGUCUUUGUGUAGAGUUUGGCACAGUUCUGGUCUACACGUGUGAGAAGAGCUGCUGGCCUCAGAAUCACCAAACUCCCAUGGAAGAGUUUUGUAUCAUACAGCAAGACCCAGAUGAAUUCUUAUUUAAGUAGAGCAUUGCAUUUUGUUUAUAUACAUUAUUAAAAUGUGUGAAUUCAGGUGCAUUAAAAAAAAAUUUUAGCCACUAA